GUUCGCGUGCCGGCAUAUCCUUCUGGCAGCUGUAUCGUUUGGGAGUUCGCCAGCGAUGAUUACGACAUAGGAUUUGGUCUUUUCUUUGAGUGGGCUCCUGCAUUGUCAUCGGCGAGUCUCAACCCUCCUGACUCUUCAAUUGAUGCAGCUCAUUCGCCUCAGUCUUAUCACGCCACUCACAAUGAUUCUUCCACUACCACCGCACCUCCGCUAGAUGCAAAUAAAAUAUCUCCUGGGGCAGCGUUAAAUGAGCCCAUUGGAUCGCCAUCUUUGCCAUAUGCAGAGGCAGGAUCGGUAGCAGUGACGUCUGGUGUUCAACCCGUCCUAGUUCCUACCAAUCUGGUUUCACAGCCACUUGUCGAUGAGAUUAUCCCAAAUGCAAGGCGAAACUGCCAUCAAGAAGUUCAUUGCGGCUCACAUAUUUAUCCUGGCUUGGGCACCUAUCUUUUCAAGUUUGAUAACACUUUCUCCUUAUGGCGUUCAAAGCGUCUCUUUUAUCGAGUUUAUUACACGCGAUAA